AUGAUGAAGCCUCAACACGACGCUACCUUCUCACGCAUGAACAAAAUCGAUGGCUGGGGAUCUUUGGAGGCCGAGGGAAAAAUAUUCAUAAUGAUAAAGCCUCAACACGACGCUACCUUCUCACGCAUGAACAAAAUCGAUGACUGGGGAUCUUUGGAGGCCGAGGGAAAAAUAUUAAUAAUGAUGAAGCCUCAACACGACGCUACCUUCUCACGCAUGAACAAAAUCGAUGGCUGGGGAUCUUUCGAGGCCGAGGGAAAAAUAUUCAUAAUGAUGAAGCCUCAACACGACGCUACCUUCUCACGCAUGAACAAAAUCGAUGUCUGGGGAUCUUUGGAGGCCGAGGGAAAAAUAUUCAUAACGAUAAAGCCUCAACACGACGCUACCUUCUCACGCAUGAACAAAAUCGAUGGCUGGGGAUCUUUGGAGGCCGAGGGAAAAAUAUUAAUAAUGAUGAAGCCUGAACACGACGCUACCUUCUCACGCAUGAACAAAAUCGAUGGCUGGGGAUCUUUGGAGGCCGAGGGAAAAAUAUUCAUAACGAUAAAGCCUCAACACGACGCUACCUUCUCACGCAUGACCAAAAUCGAUGGCUGGGGAUCUUUGGAGGCCGAGGGAAAAAUAUUAAUAAUGAUGAAGCCUCAACACGACGCUCCCUCCUCAAUCGCUCCCCAAAAUCGAUGA